GUUCUGUUAAGGAUGUACACACAGCUCGGGAAUCAAAUAAAGAUAUUUCAUAUUGAAAGAGGCUCCACCUGGAUUCAUUUACUCUGUCACAGCACAUAUCAAUAAUGGGCGACUCUGAUUCAGAAACAAGUCCCUCUACACAGCUUAAAAAGAGUGGGGCUGUUCCUGAAAUGAUUCGCUCUUUGGGACAAAAGCCAGAGACUACUGAAUGUGUCCUGAUGGAGAGAGUAGACUCACCAGAUAAUAGCUGCAUUUCCAUGAAGAGUGACCAGUCAAUGGACAUCCCAACUCAUUUUAGCAAGGGGCAUUUUCCUGCAGAUCAAAGAAACGAAAUGAAAAAAUCAGAUGUGUGUCAUGAAAGAGAUUUGUCAUCCAUAUUUGCAUCACUAGAGGAAAAUGCUGUAAAGUUCCUGAAGGAUGAACUGAAGAAGUUCACACAGUAUCUAGGCCAGAAUUACCCAGAAUGCUCUGAGCCUCUGCUGGAUGAGGACAAUUACCUGGACAGUGAUGAUCAGAUGCAGAAGACCUGUGGUAGAGAGGGAGCUUUGAAGAUCACACUGUACAUCCUGAGGACCAUGAAGCAAAAUGAUAUUGCUGACAGACUGGAGAAGAGGGAACUCCUGUUACAAUGUCAGCAGAGAAUAAAAUGUAACCUGAAGAAGAAAUUUGAGUGUGUAUUUGAAGGGAAAGCUAAGAAAGGACACCCAACACUUCUUAGUGAGAUUUAUACAGAACUCUAUGUAACUGAAGGUGAAACUCGAGGAGACAGGAAUGAACAUGAAGUAAAACAGAUUGAAACUGCAUCCAAGAAAAGGGUGACAAGCGAUACUACAAUCAAGUGCAAUGACAUUUUUAAACCAUUAAGUGGCCAUGGAACACCUAUUAGAACUGUCCUUACAAAAGGAGUUGCAGGUAUUGGGAAAACAGUUUCCAUGAAGAAAUUUAUUCUUGACUGGGUGGAUGGAAAAGCAAACCAGGAU